AUGGUCAACAAGACCUUAAAUUACUGGGGUCCCCAUUUUGAGGAGGACGUUAUCAACAUCAACGUGGGGGGGCUGAGAAGGCGGCUCAGCUCCAGUGCCCUCUCCAAGUUCCCUGACACCCGCCUGGGACGCCUGCUCUCCUGUGACUCAGAGGAGUCCAUCCUGCAGCUCUGCGAUGACUACGAUGUGAGUGCCAGGGAGUUCUACUUUGACCGAAAUCCCGGCUUCUUCCUCUAUGUGCUCCACUUCUACCAGACAGGGAAGCUGCAUGUCAUGGAGGAGCUGUGCGUCUUCUCCUUCUGCCAGGAGAUUGAGUACUGGGGCAUCAAUGAGUUCUUCCUGGACUCCUGCUGCAGCUACCGCUACCAUGAGCGCAAGCUGGAGAGCCGGCACCACAACUGGGAUGAGGAGAGUGAGGUCAGCAGCGUGGACACAUCCCCCGAUGAGAUCUCUGACAUCAACCACGACCUGCUGCGCUACAGCACACUGCGCUGUGGCAACGUGCGCAAACGCCUCUGGCUCACCAUGGAGAACCCCGGCUAUUCCAUCCCCAGCAAACUCUUCAGCUUCGUGUCCAUCAGCGUGGUGCUGGUUUCCAUAGCCACCAUGUGCAUCCACAGCAUGCCUGAGUACCAGGAGGUGGAUGAGAAUGGCAAUGUGCUUGAUGAACCUGUCCUGCACAAGCUGGAGUAUUUCUGUAUCUCCUGGUUCACCUUUGAAGUGUCUUCCCGCCUUCUGCUCUCCCCCAACCCCAGGAAAUUCUUCAAGCACCCACUGAACCUGAUUGAUAUUGUCUCAGUGCUGCCCUUCUACUUCACCCUCUUGGUGGAUGUGACCAUGGGCAGUGACUCAGAGCUGGGCAACCUGGGCAAGGUUGUGCAGGUGUUUCGGCUCAUGAGGAUAUUCCGGGUGCUGAAGCUGGCUCGGCACUCCACUGGACUGAGGUCACUGGGGGCCACCUUGAAGCACAGCUACCGGGAGGUGGGGAUCCUGUUGCUCUACCUAGCCGUGGGGGUCUCUGUCUUCUCCGGCGUGGCCUACACUGCUGAGAAGGAGGAAGACGUUGGCUUUGACACCAUCCCGGCAUGCUGGUGGUGGGGCACAGUCAGCAUGACCACUGUGGGCUAUGGCGACGUGGUGCCUGUCACUGUGGCGGGCAAGCUGGCUGCCUCAGGCUGCAUCCUGGGGGGCAUCCUGGUUGUGGCGCUGCCCAUCACCAUCAUCUUCAACAAGUUCUCCCACUUCUAUCGCAAGCAGAAGGCGCUGGAGGCAGCCGUGAGGAACAGCGGGAAAAAAGACCCCGAGGACAUGGAGAGCACCUCCAGCCGCGAUCGAGACUCGGAGGCUCUGAGCGAGACCUCACUGGGCAGAGGCAGCCCCGACCGCUGCAGUCUGACCCCCGGCACCCACCCUGCACCCUGA